AUGGUAGACUCUCCUACAAUACACUCGACUUUCUCCGUCGUCUCGGGCGAGGUGUGUUUCGGCUCCUUGCACAACAUUUGGUUCGGUUCCUCUGCUCCCUCUCAAGGUCUCCCCGCCGCUCCACCGCAACCAAGUGGCACAGUCAUAGCUCACAGCAUCAACUACAAGAUUACCGCACAAAACGGGACCUGGAAUGUCUUCAAACUUAUUUCUUCUGAGACAAGCCAUGCAGUAGCAUUGUUCGUGGCUCAUGCAGAUGUCGAUCCCAGGCAGGAAGUCGACAAGAUCCUCCGCAUAUCUGGCUCACCUUAUGAAGCAGAUCACGGAAGCACGAUGAACGACGAUGCCACUUCUCAGGCUGGAGUUUUCGUGAUUAAUCGUUAUGAUUGGAGCUACUACGACAGACGGUGCUUUGAUGAGAUUGGUGAAGGCCAGGAAGAAGGCGAUGAUGAUGCGCUGGCAAACUCGAACUCUCUUGGCCUUGUUGAUCGCUCUGUUUCGCAAGAAAUGGUUAAGCGAUGGCAGGGUCAACGGCCAAGCCGACGAGACAGUGCAGAGCAAGGAAUCUGGUUGUACAUCCCCGAUGGAGAAUACAUGUUCGGCCGCUUUGGAUUCAAUGAUACGCACACCGCAGCAAGAUCAUUCCUGUUCUUCUCCGCAUACACAGAAUUCACAAAGGCAGGUUUCUUGGGCAUUCCAGGGUCACUACGAGAACACAUGACGCCCCAGGAGAGGUUUGAGCGCCAGCUGCGUGAAGGAGUUGACUUCUCGGGAGUGGACAAGGUGCAAGACAUGGUCUCUAGUCAAUACGUUUCCCCGCCGCCAGCAAAUAAGCAGCUUGGCCCAUACGAUCGAAGCGACUAUAUUCUGAGAGAGCAGGACAUUGAAGCCUUGCGAAGCUAUCGUGGAGAACAAGACGGCGAAGAACCGACUAUUUCUGGGUUCAUCGAUCAAUGGAAGCAGCCACUAUUCGAUCUCGUGAACGAGAUGGCCCUCAGUUAUCUCGAACAUUUCGUCCUUCCUCAUCUUGGAAGUGAGAAUGUUGCAGAAAUGGGCAAGACGCUAUUCCCUGAUUACGAGAAGGAUAGUCAGCCUCUCAGCCUAGACGUUGCCUCGUAUCGUCACUUCACUCAGCCGGACCAAAGCCUGAUUCCAGAGUUUGACAUAUUUUACGUGACCGUUCGUGUCCGAGAAUUCCUCGAGUCUCACAGCCAGGCUAAGUCCAGGAUCUUCAGAGACGUCGCUGUUCGAGGAAUCUGUCGAGUGCUGGGCUAUAUGCUCACUGAGAUAUUCGAGUUGGCUAACAAUGUGGCCUGUGAUUGCGGACAUGAUAAAAUUCUGCCAUGCCAUGUUCGUCAGGCUGUUUUAUUAGAUGAGGAUAUUCUUCGUUUAGUGAGUUUCACAAAGAUCUUGUGGGAAGUUGGCGCUACAGGCUACAUCGGCGCCGGGGUCCUUCGUCAAGCCCUCACAUUCCCAGACAUCACCAGUGUUAUCGCUGUUACCCGCCUACCUCUCGAACAAACUGCCGCAAAGCUCCAAAAUUUUAUUGUCCCAGACUACGGUACAUACUCAGCCGCAGCAAAGGAGGCUUUUGCCGGCGCAGGUGCAUGUAUCUGGACAGUGGGCGUGACGCCUCGCCGUGCAUUUCGGAUGGACCCUGAAGAUGUGCGCAAGGUCUGUCAAGAUUAUACAAUGGCUGGCCUUGAAGCCAUGCGCUCCUCCGGCGUUUUACGGCCGUUCCGAGUAGCGUAUCUCAGCGGUGUGGCGGUAUCACGGGAUGUUAACCAGAGUUUGUGGAUUGCUCCCAAGUACAGACGGAUACGGGCCACAGCAGAAAACCAAGUUGUCGCGUUCGCGAAGGAUAGCGAUGGCGCGGUAGAAGCGGUGAUAGCUAAACCCGGUUCUAUUCCUCCCAAAGGUGGGAUUCUGGUCAAUACUCAGACGGCUAUAUCCCGAGGUUUAGGUAUUAGCACCGCCGAGGCCGUGGUUUUAGAUGAUCUGGCUAUUGCUUUGAUUGACCAGGUUGUUCAUGGAAUUGAAAAGGACCCGCUGUGGCCAGCAGACUUGAAUCGCUUGGCGCAACAAGUUAAGGAUAAGAAGGGCCUGAACUAA